UACUGAACUGAAGAAGGUGAUGAUGCAUCCAGUUUUUGUGUCUCUCGCAUAUUUGGGCGUACACCUCUACAUAAUAAAUCGGCUAAAAAGUUAACUUGCAUUACAUACAGAUAAUACAUACCUAAUCUCCUUUUCGUGUGUAUAACCAUGCUUGCAUUUCGUAUACGUAAUGUUCGUUCACUUUCAGUUUACUUUUUUUUACUACUACUUGUUACACUCCAUAAUGAAAUAAGUGUGUAAAAAAGCACAUAUCUAUCCAGUCUCCAUGUACAUAUCUGUAUAUCCAACUAUCCUCCAAACUGCUGCUUUUUGGCACUAUGUACAAGCAAGUUAAACUCUAACUAAGCUAGGAUUUAGAUAGAAUGAAAGAAGAAGAAGAAAGAAGUCAUUAUUUUUAGUCCGCUGUUUAAAAAUUCAUACCUUCUCAAACUAAAUACAUAAACUACUUUUAAAAAAAUACAAAAGCCAGGAGAUUACGGAGGAAGGAAGGUGCAAGUUGAGUCAUUCAUGUUUCAUUUCAUACAGAAUUUUUAAAAUGGUAGUCGUAACGUAAAUAAAGCAAGUUUUACGUUCGCAAAAAAGUGGGACAUUACGUUAAAAAAGCAGGGAUAAAGGAUCAAUAAAUACGAUACGAUCUCAUGGAUAUCAUUUUCUGAAAAAAAAAGAAAAUUACACAAAAAAGUUCACAAUUAUGAGCGAAGUUGUUCCCGUCGUCGGUGGUGCUGGCGCCGGGGGUGAAAAAUUUUACAAGGUCGAAAUGAACAAAACGGAGUGGACGUUGCCGCACAAAUAUAAAAAUCCACUCCCCAUCGGAAGUGGGGCUUAUGGACAAGUCUGUUCGGCCGAGAUCUCUGUAAAGGAAGAAAGUGGUGGCGUCGUGUUGGAGAAAGUCGCCAUUAAAAAGUUGGCCCGACCCUUUCAAUCUGCAACCCAUGCGAAACGUGUGUACCGCGAGUUGAGGAUGUUGAAGCAUAUGAAUCAUGAAAAUAUAAUUGGACUCUUGGACGUGUUCACGCAAGCCGUCGCGUUGGACGAUACCUUCCAAGACGUCUAUCUCGUGACCCCACUAAUGGGCGCUGAUCUCAACAAUAUCAUCAAAACGCAGAAACUAUCGGAUGAACACGUCCAAUUUUUGGUGUAUCAGAUCCUCCGAGGUUUAAAGUACAUCCAUUCAGCCGGAAUUAUCCAUCGGGACUUGAAACCGUCCAACAUCGCUGUGAACGAGGACUGUGAAUUGCGAAUCUUAGAUUUCGGCCUGGCCCGACCCACCGAGACGGAAAUGACGGGAUAUGUCGCAACCCGAUGGUAUCGAGCCCCGGAAAUCAUGCUCAACUGGAUGCAUUACAAUCAAACAGUCGACAUUUGGAGCGUGGGCUGCAUAUUUGCCGAGUGUUUGACGAGUCGUGUCCUAUUUCCGGGGACGGAUCCAAAACUUGAUAAUCGUGACCCAUUACACACCACAGACAUAAACCAGCUCAACUUGAUUAUGGAUUUGCUGGGCAAGCCGAAAGAUUCCCUCUUGGAUAAGAUCUCGAGCGAGCCGGCCCGAGUUUACAUCAGAUCUCUCCCACCGAUGAAAAAGAAAGACUUUGCGACCGUGUUCAAGGGAGCAAAUCCACUCGCCAUCGACUUACUGGAAAAAAUGUUAGAGUUGGACUCGACUGAGCGAAUUACGGCCGAGUUGGCGUUGUCACAUCCGUAUCUCAGCUCUUAUGCAGACCCCACUGAUGAACCAGCGUCCCCACCGUACGAUCAAAGUUUCGAAGAUAUGGAAGCUCCACUGGAAACUUGGAGAAAAUACGUGUACGAGGAAAUUAUCAAUUUUAAACCAAAUUCGUGCUUCCAACAUCAGGAAUCUACCGAGUAGUGUGGAUUAAUAUAAAAAGAAUUAAAUCUGUCCAUGAUCAUCUACUUAUUCAAAUUAAAGUGCAGGGAUUCUCACAUAUUGAAAUUGAGAUUUUAACUGUCCAAUUAAAUUAACUAAUCCUAAGAAGAUUGUACCUCUUAAAUUCUAAAUUUUUGCUCAGCAAAUUGAAAAAAAGUAUUAAUGAACCGAACAAAUUAACUGUUAUUAUUUAAAUAAUUAAUACUUAAAAUGGAACAAAAACAUAAAUUCAAGUCUUUCGCUCAAAUCGAUUACUUAUUUUAUGUAUGUAAACCGGUGGUAAACUUAUUGCUGCGAAAAAUAUGUAUAAUUGUAAUUAAUUAACUGCGACAAUCUUUAAAACGCAUGACAUUUAAAUAACUAGAGAGGUGAAAAUGUGCAAUGUAAAUAAAAGAAACGCAAAUUUUAUGGGUCGACAAUUUCACAAUAUUUGGUGAAAUUUAGAAUUUUAGUAAAAGUAACGCAAAUCUUAACUCAAACUGUAAUACUGUCACGCCGUCCGUGUAAUUUUAUUAUAAGAACAAACUAAUCAUAAUUUUACAGGUAAUUUCAAUUAAAUAGGUCCAUAUUGAAUGUGAAAAUAUGCAUUAAAUUAAAAUGUGGUUUUAAUUAUUAAUUAAAAAUCAAGAAAAUUUUUAUACCAAUUACUAGUUUAAAUUUUAGUGUUAUUAUGAAACUGCAUUUUUUGUAACUCUGCCUCCUUGACUUAAAAUAUUUAUGACUAAUUUUAAUUCACAUACAUUUGAAUCACAAAAUUUUAAUUGAGAACGAUUUCAAAAUAUUUAACAACAAAUUAUCAAUACAGUGUUCAAUUCAUGGUUUGUUAAAUUUAUUGUAAUUAAUUAUUCGGGUUGUGCAUUCAUUAAUAAUUUGUACUCGUGUUGUUCUUUGUUGGUGCUUUAACUUCUUGAAAAUAAAAUUGUUGGAAACUUUA